CGCACAAAUGAAAAGUCAAAUUGUUAAUCUAAAGGUUGAAAAUUUUGAUAGAUAUAUGUCUUGUCAUAUAUAGCAGAAACAUUAUGGGCCGUCGGAUGGUGAGGGAGAUGUGCGGUGGUGAGCGGUUCCCGCCCUUCUACUUGUUGGGUCUUUUUGACUAGUAGUUACAGACGCACUAAGUUAGUUAGAAACAAGUGGAGAAAAGAGAGCUUGUUAGAAGAAACUGCCCCAGUAGCUAAAAGUGAUCCAAAGUGUUAUUAGAAACUUGUAAACUGCCUUAGAAUGUAAUUUUCUCUAUUUUAUUAUGGGCAUGUGACUCAGCCUUAAUGCCCUGUCGCUCACUAUUUAUUAACAGCAGCAAUUACUCUCUCUCGCUUCUUUCUCUUUCCAUUUCGCUGUGUCAAGUUUAAACCAAAGCCUCUUCACUUUUACCCUAUAAUAGUCUCCUACUACCUAUAUUUCUCGCUCUUGAUCCACACUACUUACAAAAUGCAAUUUUCAAGAAACUCAAUACUUAGACAACGAAGCAGAAAAGAAGGUUGGAGGUCGGCUUCUAAAAGGUGGACAUCCGGAGAUAGUUCAACGGCCUUCACCGACGCAACAAGCUGUGGUGGUGGUUACUCUUCAAUGGAGGGUCUUUAUGGGGUCUACUCAAAUGGAGAUACAGCAACCAGAAGCAAGAGGGUGAUGGUUGUGGUGGAUGAGACUUCGAGGUCGAAACAUGCCAUGAUGUGGGCUUUGACGCAUUUGACUAAUAAGGGAGAUUUGAUGACUCUUCUCCACGUUGUGUCUCCUCAUGAUGAAGCUUCUCCUUCUUUGGUUCAAUCACUUGGUUCUCUUUGCAAAGCUUGUAAACCCGAGGAUUUCGGAAGGAAAGUUUUUCGAAAACAUCCAACAUGUAAUCAGGUGGAUGUGGAGGCGUUGGUGGUUCAAGGACCAAAGUUAGCAACUAUACUCAGCCAAGUGAAGAAACUUGACGUCACUGUUCUUGUUUUGGGUCAGAAGAAAUCUGCACCAUUCAUCUCCUGGUGCGUCAUCUCAACCCUUACGUGGACCCAGUAGAUCUGAGGAGCUCGUGAAUCGAUGCAUCAACGGUGCAGAUUGUUUGACGAUUGGUGUGAGGAAACAAAGCAACGGUGUUAGUGGCUAUUUGAUCAACACACGAUGGCAGAAGAAUUUCUGGCUUUUGGCCUAAUCACAGUCUCUAAUCUUAGCAGCCAUAGAUUGGAUAAUUAUCUUUUGUCUUAUAAGCUGUGUACCUCUUUGUAGUCCCAUGUGUUAACGCUGUGUCUUGUAAGAAAUUAAACAAAAUAUUUGUAUCCCGUUUGAUCCAUUCCAUCUUAUUUAGAACGCUGAUCCAAUAUCUUAAAUGUUCUAUAGUUUUCUUAUAAGAAUAUGUUUUUCAUAUGUUUACUUAAUAUCUCAAUAUUAUACUCUCUCUGUUCCCGAAACAAAGAUUUUAUAGAAUAUUCACGCAUAUUAAAAACAUAAUAAAUAUUUAUAGUUAAAUUUAUUAUUUAUUUCACUAUACAUUUUCCAAUAACUAUCAGUCAAUAGUAUUUAAUCAAUUCAAAUAUUUUCGAUUAAUGUUUUUUAAAAGUAUACAAUUUAU